AUGGUUUUCAUAAAUAAUCUUGUGCCACUUUCAAUACUUUAUUGUCAUGAAGGAAUCUUAUUAGGAUUGAGUUUAUAUAGUGUUCCAUCUGAACUUAAAGAGAAAGGUGUAGAAAUAAACACUUUUAAAUUUUCAUAUUUGAUUCUCUUACCUUAUUUAUUUAGAUACAUACUUGCACCCUUGAUAGAUUCAAUAAGUUUAUAGAGGUUUGGCAGAAGAAGAAGUUAGUUAACAAUUUUAUAUGCUAUUCUUGGGUAUAUUGAUAAAAAUAAUAAGUUAGAGUAUUGUUAUAUUUUUCAAACUUUUAAACCUUGAAUUAGUCAACUUUGUUUUGGAAUUUAUUUUUGAUUUUUUGUGUUUAAGCACUUAUUGAUUUAAUCAUAGCAGCUAGGCUUGUGGAAAGUUUAGAUAAAGAAGAUAGAGGAUAUGGAGCAAUAGCUUAAUUUUUAGGAAUUCUUAUUGGUGGUUUUAUUGGAGCUUACAUCUUUUCAAUGUUCAAUUCUCUUGAUUUUUGUAACACCUAUAUCUACACUAAUCCUCAAGAAAUUCCAGUUAUUACAUUACAAAGUAUAAAUAUUAUUAAUAACUAUUUAAAGUUGCAUUUCAAGAUUUAUCAUACUUAUCAUUUGGAUUGGCAGUAGCUUGUUGUUUCAUCAUUUAUAAUGAAAAUGCAAAUAAUUAAGAUGUAUUUUUUAUUAUUCAUAUUAGAUUAUUGAGACAUAUAAAGCAGCAUUUAAUGCAUUUUCAAAUCGUUAUUUAAUUAUACUCUUUCUUUUUUUCUGUUUUUUUAGAAUAGGAUAGAUGCCUAUUGAUUUAGCUCAUUUACAUAUGAAAAGAUCCUCUUUUACAGAAGGAUAAAUUCAAUUUCUUGAGAUUUUAGCAUUUCCUAUAGCUUGUGCACUUCCUUAUUAUAUGACAAAAAUGAUUAAGACUAAUAUAUUAGAAAUACGACUUAUAGUAGUUUUUUCUAUAUAUGAAAUAAGUAUGUAAAAUUUUAAUAUUUUUAAGUAAUUUCAGGUGUUUUCAUAAUAUGCUUAUUUGCAAAUGAGGAAGGGUUAAUAUUUCCAUAUAGAGAUUUAUUAUUGAAAAUAUCAUUGAUAAGUGUUUGGCUUUUAAAUUUAAUUAAUAUAACUUUGGCAUAUUCUUAUAUCUACAAAAAUACUAAAAGUUCAAUUUCAGCAACAUUUAUUGCUUUGUUAAGUAUGAAUAUAAUUAUAUUUAGCAACUGGUAUAACUUUCUAAUUCAUUUUUGAAGGGUUUAUUGAAUAUCUAUUAGUUAAUUAUAAUUAUUAUUUGAUUUGGUUAUGUGGAAUAGGAAUUUAUGCUUUAUUUUUCUAUUAAAUUGCUGCUAGAACUACUAAGAUUGACUAGAUGGAUAGUUCAGAAUUUUGUUUAGAAAUUGAUGUAAAGAAGGAGAGAUUUCUAAUAUCAACAGAAUUAACAACUUUAUCUUGA